UUGUGGCAAAAAUAAACUUUAUUAUAAGUUAUUAUAUUUUUCUGUUUUUUAAAGUGUUAAUUCGUAUAUUAACGACAUUGAUUUGUAUUUUUGUUGGGUUGGUUUGAUGGCGGACAUGAGUCGAUAGUUUAAAACCCUGGUUUAAUGUUACUCGAUAAUUUUUGAGUUAAACCAGCAGUUAUAAAAAAAGCACAGAUGAAAGUCGUCAGAUAUGUUAGCUCUUGAUUGUUUGAGCAAACAUUUUGAUUGAUUCGAUUGAGGUAUAAAGGACGACUGACCCAAUGCAAAUACUUUCGAUCUCUAUUUAAGUACGACUUAAAAAAAACUUCUAUUGACUUGAAAUCGCGGGUUUACUUUCUCGGUGCACGAUUAAACAAAAUAAAGAAUGAAUUUUUCGAGUAUGGGGCCAACAAUCAACAGUGUAAUGCCAAUUGCAGCGGGGAUUAACGUUGGUGUUAACCGUAGCGUUCAAGGCCUUUAGUACUUAUUUGUAAGCAAAGAUUUACCGAUUCUUUUUUCGGAUUAAUUAUUCGUAUAGUGGUGAUGCCGCGAAGAGAUUGGAAACUCUAAAAAGAAGUAACUUGAUGAAAAUGUUACGUUUUACGAAGAAGAGUAUCGGCAAACAACAACCACAAGGAUUCCAAAGCAACAAACAAGGAUUUAUUUUCACUCAUACCAUAAUUCUCAUUUGCUUGUCAUUUGCAAAGAGCGCAGAAGCAAGGAACACCACAACUGCAACGAAUAGACAGCUUUACUUAACCAAUUUCACGACCCAAGGACUGCCAAAUGUAAGCGAAUUAUUUCCGAACAUCGAGAAUGAAACAAACGGAUCAAACAUUGCUUAUAAAGUGGGGCUGUCUAUACUACUUGGGAGCAUAUGCACUGUGACAGUUCUUGGAAACUUAAUAGUCAUUUUUACUGCGAUCCUAUUCAGGCAGCUCCGAACUAUCCCGAAUAUGUUUAUUAUAAGCCUUGCUUCUGCGGAUUUGUUAAUGGGCACGAUAGUACUACCAAUGUGGAGUCAUUAUGUUAUUGGAGACUUUAAAUGGAGUUUAGGCUUCUUUUGGUGCGACGUUUGGACCUCUAUUGACGUGCUGAGUGUAACUGCAAGCAUCGGAACUCUGUGUGCAAUAUCCCUCGACCGUUUCGUAGCUAUCACGAUGCCAUUUAAAUACGCAACAAAAAUGACUCGUCCUAGAGCAAGAUUCAUCAUCGGUUUUAUAUGGAUGGUCUCAGGCACGAUCGCUUUCGUUCCGAUUAAUCUCGGCUGGUGGAAAACAAACAAACCUGAGGAUUUGGAAUGCUACGAUAGCCCUACAUGCUGCGAGUUUCGGCCAAACGUCAUAUAUGCUGUAGUAUCCUCCUGUAUAUCAUUCUACAUACCUCUCAUUAUAAUGAUAUGUGCAUACAGCGUCGUAUUUAAAAUUGCAAUACAGAAGCGAGGUGUCUUGCCCUGGGAGAAGCGAGAACACAGAGCAGUGAUUACCAUGGGAAUAAUAAUGGGCACGUUCGUGGUGUGUUGGCUCCCAUUUUUUAUCGUGAACAUAGCACAGGUUUUCUGCCAAUGUGUUGCUUCCACUCCAUUUCUUAUGGUAAACUGCCUGGGUUAUACCAACAGUCUUUUCAACCCGAUCAUUUACUGUCGUAGCGAGGAGUUCCGAAAAGCGUUCAAGAGGGUUUUAAUGUGUGGAUUGUGUAGAGAGGGAUUUCAACAAACCAGCAGAGCUUCGUUAUCCAGCUCUUACGCAUUACGAUCGAGGUCACGUGUGAGAACCGAGAGCAUCUUAUCUCAGGUCACCAGCUUACUUUUAACCGGUGGCAACUCUGCUAAACGAAGGACGAGCAGGUUAAGUAACGUUAGUGGUCGUAGCAAUCGAGCGUCACCGGUCAACGGCAGAGUAUCUCCAGCCUGCAACAGCAGUUUAAGGCCGGGCGAGCCACGGACCUUGGUAUAUGGCUUGCGCUCCAGCACCAGUCGACAGUACGAGUCGGAUACGCACUCGGAUGGUACUACGUCGAAUGGCAUGAUACCGCUACAUAUUGUUGGAGAAACAUCAACGUCCGUGAACGGCUUCGUAACGGAUGAGCUGUAUCCUCAGGAGAACACACUUCUACAUAUGAAUGGUCGUAACAGGUCAAGACCCAGCAGCGGCUACAUGGAGUUAACACCGGACGUUUGCAAGAAGUUUCAACGGAGAUCGUCAUCCGCUGAUUAUCUUCACGGAAGAGUAUCUUCAAGGGAAACUAACGAUUCGAAGACAAAUGAAACAUAUAAAGAUCAGUUACUAUUCAAAACCCCUAGUUAAUUAAACGAAAAAGCAGAAGAACAAAGGAAUAAACAACAAAAGACAGCAGCUUUAAUGCAUGGGAACAGAUUACAGAAUGAAACAUCCACAUUAUCACGCAGUUAACCACAUAUUGGAGUACAUUUACAAGUUUAUAACAGGCGACUUAAAGUGUGAAAAUAAAAGAAAAAUCUAAUUAAAUGCCUUUGAUACAAAGCUGAAAACAUCCAGUUUUCUGUGCAGUAAAAGCUCCUCACGUUUUGUCUGUAGUGUAGCGUGAUGUUCUCUAAUUCCCUCUUCUUACACUUGUCCCUUUAUCGCUGUGUUGUUCAAAUCACCUUUAUAGACUUUGGUUUAAUAAAGAAUUGAAUAACUUGU